AUGACAGAAUCACCACCUCCGACCUCCACCAAAUCCAACCCCACCCCCAAAACCCACAUCCGCAACCCCCGCCGCCUCCUCAUCCUCACCAACCCCCGCGACGCCCCAACCACAAUCCCCCCCCUCCUCCACGCCCUCACAGACGCAACCCCAGACCCCUCCGCCUCGUUCGCAGGAUACACCACGCACGCGCCCCUCCGUCUCGCAAACCGGUAUUAUACCGCCGACGUUCCGAUCUGGGUGGAUGAGGUUCCGUGCGCGCGGCCACAACCACAGCCACAACCACAGCCAGAAUCACAGUCACACGACGAUCAUGGGGAUGGUGGUGCUGGGGAUGUGGAUGAGGGAGUAGACGCAGACGCAGACGCAGGCGCAGAGGUCGAGCCAUCUACGGCCGCGCAGUGGGCGCGCGAAUUCUCCAGCCCCGAGGCGCGGGUUGUGCGGGACGCGGUUGGCGCGGUGGUGGUUUGCGUUCGGAAUCUUGACGCUGCGGGGGAUGCGGAGGAGGCGCGGAGCGUGACGGAGUUUGUUGGGGCGGUUGCACGGGUGCGCGGGCUGAUUGAGGAGGAGAGGGAGGGUGGGGUGGGGGAUGUACCUGGCGUGUUGGUGUUGGUUGGGUCUGGGGGGGAGAAACAGGGGGCCGGCACGGGACGUGAGGGUGAGGAGGAGGAGGAGGAGGAGGAGGAGGAUGGUGAUCUGGGCGAAGAGGGCGACGACGAGCCGUUUUCUGUCGGGUGGUGGGAGGAUCAGUUGUUUGAGAUGGGGGCGUUGGGGGUUGAGGUUGUGGAGUGGGAUCCGAAGGCGAAAGGGGUGGAUAGUGAGCGACGGAAUCGAUAUGGAGAGUAUCAGGGCAUGCGUCGCAUCAAGGAGAUCCUCGAGACGCACGAUUGGAGUGCCGCGGCGGAGGAUGCGGACGGCGAGGAGUCUGGCAUGCUAGACGAAGAUGAUCUCGAGGCGGAGCUGCUGGGCCUGAACGCGGAGAAUGGGUUCAAUCUUGAGGUGAACGAGCUGGAGCGCGAGAUGCUGGGGCUGCGCAUGGCGAUUGAGCGCGGCGGUGAUGGGAUCGGCGAGGAUGAGGACGACAACGACGACGGGCUCCAGGUCGAUUCGCUGGAGGCGUUGAUGAUGCGCAUGCAGGCUAUUCGAGACAUGAGCGCUGAGUUACCAGAGGGUGAGCGCAAGAAGUUUGCUGCCAAGGCGGUACGAGACAUCAUGAAAGAAUUAUAG